CAAGCGUGGGGUGUGAUUCAGGCCUGCAGGCUGAAACCGUCUCUGCUCACUUGUGAUAUAUGUCAGCCGAGUAAAAAUACACCCUCUGAUCUCCUUUUUGUGCCUGUGUGUGUGUGUGUGUGUGUGUGUGUGUGUGUGUCCGCAGAGCCGGACUUUGUGGGCUCGGCCCUGGUGAGGGAGAGCAGCGGCAGCAAAGACGGUGACGACGACAAGAUCUACUUCUUCUUCAGCGAGCGAGCGCUGGAGCUGGACUGCGACACCGAGCUCACCGUGGCCAGAGUGGCCCGCGUCUGCAAGGGUGAUCUGGGUGGCACCAGGACCCUGCAGAAGAAGUGGACCACCUUCCAGAAAGCCCGGCUGGAGUGCUCCCUGCCGGAGCGCCACGUUUCCUUCAACAACCUGCGGGCCGUCUUCACGCUGCCGGGGCCCGACUGGCGAGGGACGACCUUCUACGGCAUCUUUCACGCUCAGUGGGGCGACGUGGACGUGUCGGCCGUGUGCCAGUACCAGAUCGGCGACGUGAAGAAGGUGUUCGAGGGCUCCUACAAGGAGUACAGGGAGGCGUCCCAGAGAUGGGGGCGAUACACAGGCGCCACCCCCAGCCCGCGGCCCGGAUCGUGCAUAACUAACUCAGACAGGGAGAACGGCUACAACAGCUCCCUGCAGCUGCCCGACGCCACGCUCAACUUCGCCAAGAAACACCCACUGAUGGAGGACAAAGCUCUGGGUCGCCCCCUGCUGCUGACCAAGGGCGUCAACUUCACCAAGCUGGCGGUGGACCGGGUCAGCGGCCUGGACCAGCGGGCGUACAACAUGCUGUUCAUCGGCACAGCUCAGGGUUGGCUGCAGAGGGUGCUCAUCCUGGGCUCUGAGGCCCACGUGAUCGAGGAGAUCCAGCUGUUCGACUCGGCCCAGCCCGUGGACAGCCUGACCAUCUCACACUCCAAGAAGUACUUGUACAUCGGAUCUCGUUCCGAGGUUCUCCAGCUGCCCUUGGCCAACUGCAGCCGCUAUCAGUCUCAGCCAGACUGUCUGCUCGCCAGGGAUCCCUACUGCGCUUGGGACAACGAGGGCCGGGCCUGCGUCCGCAUCGACCUCCACCGAGGGUCCACCUCCUCCCUCUCCCAGGACCUCAUGCUGGACAGGUUCAGCCGUGGAAAAGCCAAGUUUGAUAAGCCUGUCUCCAUCCCCAGUCCUGAGCAUUCCCGAUUGAGAAACGUAACCGUGGUCGUUGGGUCCGACAUGGUGCUGCCUUGCCAGCUUGUCUCCAACUUGGCCCAGCCUUUCUGGGUGGUCAACGACCGCGAGCUGCAGCUGGGCGACCCGGAAGCAGGAGGACCUCGCUUUGACCGGACCCUCAAAGCCCUCAUUGUCCCCGAAGCGGGCCAGAUGCAAGCCGGCCGCUACAUCUGCUACUCCGAGGAGCAAGGGGUCAAGUUUCAGACCGAGCGCUACCAGGUGGCAGUUGUCGCCAGCGCCCCGGUGUUCAUGGAAGCCCGGGCGCCGGACAGCAGCAUGGGGCUCUUCUGGGUAUUGGUUAUUACCCUUGGAGCAGCGUGCCUUCUCCUCCUGGUGGCAGCUCUGUACCUGCGCAGGAGGCUGAAGCUGGCGUUAGGGAAGGGCGCCGACAUGAAGCCUCUGGAGAGCACCCUGGUCUACCCCAUCACCCUGCCCAAGGAGCCGCCCACCUUCGUGCCCAGCAAGAUGCCGAGCGACGAAGACCGCUUCUGGGAGACGGGUGCCAACUACUACUACUCAGACGGCUCGCUGAAGAUCGUUCCCGGCCACGCCCUGGGCCCCAGCAGCGUCAGCAGCACGGCGUCGCCCAGCGCCAUUCCCGGCCAGCCCAUCCACUCCCCAAGCCGGCUCAGCCUCACCAACAUCCGAGGCUCAGGUAGCAACGGCUACAUCCGCCUCAACCUGAGCACAGCGGGGGAGGAGAGGGCUAGCGGGGCCGGCGUUGGCGGCGGCGGGCUGGGAGGGCUGGGCGUGGGCGGGAACGACUACUCCAGUCCCUUCAAGGAGGAGCUGAGACGCACCCUGCAGCAGAGGAGUGUCCUGCCCGACGCCAACCCAGAGGAGUCGUCCGUCUAGGCCUGUCCCUCCUCCGUCUUUAUUCCCCCCAUUGAGGAGGAACAAGAAAUCUAACCAAAGCUACCUCGCCUCCUUCCGAGGACGCCUGCUCUCUCUCUGUCUUUCAGCGACUCGCUGUCCACUCCCAUGCUCUCUCUCGUCUCACUCUGCCAAUGCCUGUUUGGCUCUCCGUAGACUUCUAUUAGCACUCAGCAUGUUCAGCACACACACACUCCGCAUACCGUGUUUGCCAACAGUUGCUGUGUUUCAGGCAACACAGAGUCGUGGUUGUGACCGUCUCUGCUUCCACUGUGCAACUGCCACUCGUGUACAUUUUGUAUUUAGAAGAACAAAAAAAAAAGGUGAACGCAAAGGAGACUCACCUCAAGCAUGGAACCCCCCGCCCAACAAACGGUGUUAUUUUCUUCUCUCAGAUGGGCACAGCUCGUUCUUUUCCUUUGAGCUCAGCCUCUGUUCUGGGACCAGUUAACAACGAGGGCCGACUAACUGGAAAUAUGGAUUAUUUUGUGUGUGUGUGUUUGUGUGUGUGCGUGUGUGUGUCUGCUUGUGUCCCUUGAGACUUAACUGCUUACUGCACUUAAAAAGCUGGAAGCCUGUCUUCCCUUGGUUUUGUACUUGUGAGCCAGGAGUGAGAGAGUGAUCCAAAAAAAAUAAAUAAAUCUCCAAGCAAGAUGACAAUCAUGUCCCCGUGGCAGGAGCUGUGUGUGUGUGUGUGUGUGUGUGUGUGUGUGUGUGUGUGGGGGUGGGGGGGCAGAAAGGAGACAAAAAAAAAGAGAGGAAAUGAGACGGAGGGAUGGACGUGAAGAGAGAGUUUCGAAAUGAAGGACAAUCUCUUAAAGACUUUUUUUCCUGCUCGAUUUUAAUUUUUUUCCCGCUGGAGGACUCCUUCCAUUUCUUCCGAUUUAAUUUAAUGUGACGCUCGGUUUGAAUUGAGACGUUUCCCGUCUCUCUUUCUCUUCGUCGUGCCGUUUUGUUUGACUUUUGGACCACGGCAGCGUUCAAACGGUUUGCUAGUGACUAAUGGCUCACCUCUGUGAACGACAGAGUGACAUUACUCCUCGCUCAGUCCUGCAUGGUGACCUUCAGAUCCACUCCGCUCCGUGUGACAUUUAUCGGAGUGGCGGCGUGUGACAGACGGGUGUCUGGAUUUGGAUCUUUGUGAACUCUCGUUUCAGUCUUUUAAAAGAAAGAAAGGCUUUGCUCGGGCGGAGUUAAUUGCGAAUCGAAGCUGACUUGAAGACGUUCGGCACACAGAAUGUAGUUGAACCCUUAUCGUCACGACGGCUGUGGAUGUCCCAGGAAGUCCUUUAUUUUAUUUUUUUAUUUUUUUCUCAGUGUUUUGUGAAGAAGGUGGCAACUCUUGCACUGCCAAGAAGGAGACUACCACUCCCGACGCAUGCACACUCACACAAACACACACUUGUUUCGAUUGUUAAGGAGCCCAGCCAUCCAGGACUACAGAGCGAAUGUGAAGCACCCUUAGAGCCCAUGGAGCCCCAAACCCCGACCUCCCUUCACCGAAGCCUAGAGACUGAGCCGGGGCUACUGUGGACCGAUGCAGUGGAAGGACACUGAAACACACACCUACACUACAAGAACUCACUCAGUGUUAAAAUAGAGGAAAUGGACCGACAGACAGACUGAUUGCUGCCAUGCUGAUAAACUGCUGGCCCCAGGCAGAAAGAUGCCACGAAGAAGUGAAAGUGUUUUUUUUCUACUCUUUUUUUUCAUCGUGUAUCUUGUGGAUGUGCCUGUGGAGACCGGAGGAACGCAUGAAGGAGCCGGAAAGUAAAGUACCUUGUGUUGUUCCCACUGUGUACAGAGCGAUGAAAAAAAAAUCUAAAGAACCCUACGACUGAGGAGGUCGACAGCCAUCAGCACUUCAUCCUACUGUUGCAUGAUCUUCUCUGCAAGUGGACUGCACACCUUUGAUAAUGAUCAUCCCUGUACGAAAAGUGAAACAUUUCCAUCCCUGUUUGGACUUUUUUUUUCCAGGCUCUGACGUUGUGCAACACUAAAGAUCUCUUGAAAUAAAACAUAAAAAAAGACAACAAAAAAAAAAGCCAGCUAAAUUUCACGCCUCAAGACUUGUACAGUAAAUUCAUGGCUGUAUUUCAACAUGUUUACUUUCUCUGUGCCUCUUCACCUUUCUGGAAAGAAAAGAAAAGAAAAAAAAACGCCAAAGUAGACUGCAGUUGCUUUUGUUCCUGUCGAAAUUCCUGAAUAAGUUUUAUUUGAUUCCAGAUCGAUAUCUUAAGUCUCAGCAAUCCGUCCGCUUUGCUGUGCUGAGCUGGUGUCAGCAACCUUCCUGCAUAUUUUAUCUGCGGCUAAACUUCCCCUCAAGCGAAAGGCGAAACGUGUCUGAAAACUGAGGAAGCUGCUGUUUGUUUCCUGUUUACAUGCCCUGAUCUCCUGGGCCAACAUAUACACACACACAUAUAUUUUUUCAUCUCCACAACAUGAAGAAAUGCUGAAAUUGGAAACCGUUUUCACCCCCUGAAACCGGAAAGCAAAGCUGCUGACUUGAAGCAAAUCAACAAACUGCUCACUUUAUUUUUAAAUCUGUUGAGGCAAAAAAAAAAAA